AAAAAAUCAAUAACACUAAGUAAUCAAUUAAAUAAAAUGCCAGAACGAGGCAGAAGGAGGCUUACAACUGGUGGUGGUAACAGCAAGGCUUCACAAAAUGAGCAAAAAAACAGUGAGGAAAAAGAUAAAAAGGAAAAAAAGAAGUAGAUCUAGCAGUAGCGUCGAAUGGGCAGAGGAAGACAUGAAAAUCACCCCUCAAUCAAUUGAGGCUUCCACCAGUAGUAGUUGGCCUAGGCAUAGUCGGAAAACACAGAAAAUCGGGCAGAGGAAGGAGAAGAUAUCUAAAGUUGUUGGAGCGGUGGUGUCAAAGCUGCACAAGAGGCAGCAAAUAGAAAGAAAGCUGCACAGGUGGCAGCAAAAGGAAAAGAAGGGAGAGCUGCACCGAAGCACGGUAGCAGCAAAGUGCAGCAAGAUAAACUGCAAGAUUUGAUGAAAUGAGGCUGAAAUAAAAGGCAAAUGGAAGGCUGCAAAGUAGCAGCAAGAACAGCCACAUGGAGCCUCACAAAUGGAAGCAAAACUUUUCAUGUAGUCUUGCAUUAAAUGUUUGAUAGAUUUACUUGUAUUAGAUAAGCAUUAGGUGAGGAAAUUUUCUUUAUGUACUGAGUUUUCUGCUAUAUAAUAGCAGAGUAAUGAAUGAAAAAAAGGGGU